CUACACCAAGACUCGUUUUUAAUGCGAAAGUCGACUUCUCUUUCUGCUGAGUUACCGUUAGUACAUUGUGCUGAUUCACCGUUAGUACAGCUCAUAAUUUGGUAGAAAGGUUUGAUGGCAAUGAUUCCCGAAAAAUAUGCGUGCCUUUUCAUUGAUGCAACAUGGAAAGACAUCAUAGCUGCCUUCAGCUUUUCAACAGUCAACAACAGCUCUCAGGAGAGAAACCUUCUUCAAGGAAAACUUGAAAAACUGUUUGGUGGCUCAGACCAAUGGCUUGCAUGUCUUUCAAUUCGAACUGCUUUAGAUACAUUCUUAACUGUUAUGAAUUUCCCCAUUGGAUCAGAAGUAAUUUUUACUGCAUUAAAUAUUCCAGACAUGGUAUCAGUGGUUGAAAGGCAUGGCCUUAAGAUUGUACCAGUGGAUUUAGAUCUCGAUACACUAGCCCCCAAACCUGAACUAGUUGAACUUGCUGUAACAGAUAAAACAGUGGCCAUUUUGGCAGCUCACUUGUAUGGGAAGUGGAUCAAUUUGGACAAAGUGUUUCAAGUGGCACAUUCACGCGGAUUGUAUGUAUUGGAAGAUUGUGCUGAAUCAUUUCAAGGCCUGGAAAAAAAAGGUCACAAACUUUCUGACCUGACAUUUUUCAGUUUUGGUUCUAUCAAACAUUACACCUCAUUAGGUGGGGCCAUGGUCAGAGUAAAAAACUCAGAGAUUCUUUCAAAAAUGAGAGCCAAGCUAAAGGAAUACCCAGUCCAAAACCAGUGGACCUACUUCAAGAAACUUUCUUGCUACUCUCUGUUAAUGGCAAGUGGAUUAAACAAUUCACUGUUCAAUUGGUUCUUCAUUAAUUUGUUUCAUCUGAUGGGUUUCAAGUACAAGGAAUAUUUCAUUUCCCUCCUGCGAGCAUUUCCUGGUGGUGUAAGCAUGGAUAAACUUCGUAGUCAACCAUCUGCCAUGCUUUUGGAAUUCAUGUUAUACCGGCUAAGAAGAGUAAACAGUAAAGACUUCCGAAUGAUCAAGUUAAAAGGAGAUUUUGUGAGCAGUAAUCUGCCUGGUAAUGUUUUUGUACCUGGCCAAAGAGCAGACAUAAAAAGUUAUUGGUUGUUUCCAAUGCUUGUGGAUGACCCCGAUGAAGUUGUUACUGCACUUGAAAAGGAAGGCGUUGAGGCAUACAGAGGCGCAACACAACUUUCCACCGUUUACAGAACAAAACCCACUGAAGCAGACCAAAAAGACAGGGCUAAGUUCAGACAGGAAAAUCAAACGGAAAAACUUCUUUAUUCUUUCUCAACAGCUCAACCAGAGGUCGCAGCUGGUUCUGGUUCAUCCAUAGGAAAUGCUGUCAGCAGACCAUCUGUAGAAUUUUUCUGCACAGCACCAGUCAACACUGCAACCACAAACCGCACCUUCAGCAAGGAAAAAGAUGAUGUGCUCUUUCCCCACAAUGCCAAAUACCUGAUUGAUCAUGUGGUGUACCUGCCUGUGCACAAAAGAGUUUCCUUUCAACACCUUGAGCAUAUCUGUAAUUCUGUAGAGAAAGUUAUGAAGAACCGAAUAGGGGUCAAAAUUGCCAAUACCAGUGAUGUAUUAUUCAAGUCCAAAUUGUAAAUUUCAAUAUCAUCAGGCUGUCAAACAAGUGCCCCUCUGGAUGAAGCACAUCCUCCUCCCCCCUCCCCUCCCCCUCCCUUACAUGAGUUGGUAUUUGUUUCAUGCUAUUUAUUGAGUUUUUAUGCAGAGAAUUAGACUCAAAUAUGAAUCCAAAUUUAGCUUUUCAUUGGUCAUGGCAUAAAUUGAUGAUUGAGAAGUAAAUUUUAAGGUAAGUAGUAACAACAAAAUUGUUAUUAAUAUAAAUGAAUAAAUAAGUUGUUUUUUCCAAAGUUUCUAUAAAUACUUGUCUUUAUAAAAAAUAAGAUUUUCAGAAGGAAUAAGCAAGGUCAUUUUCUUAUGUUGAAGUGUAUUUACAUCAGAGAGGAGGAAGAAAAAUUUUUUUUUAUAAUGAAUCUCAUUAAGAGUAAUCUAAAAUAAUAAUAAAAAAGGAAUCACUGUGAAGCCCCCGAGUCAGUAGUUCUUAAUGCUGUUUGUUGUGAUCUCUUUUUUUCUUGAGUGUCACUUGUCUUCAAAGUGUAAAUAAGACUUUUGUUUUAAUUUAAUCAUCAAAAACUUCAUAUCUUACUUUUGAAACUUAAGUAGCAUCCUUUGUGCUCUUCAAAAUUGAAUUUCCUUCUAUCUCACUAACAUGUAACACUUCUCCAGUAACACUGACAAAAUGCCAGGCAGUAAUUUUGGAAGUUAGUGCCCCCCUGCUGUAGUCACUUUGCUGAAGGUGAGAGAUGUAAUCUUCAACCAAUCAUAGGGGAAGAUUCUCUAUAAUCACCUGAGCAAUUAUAUUAAAUAUUGUAUCACUACUUCCUGAACAAAUUUUGGUCAUUUUGUGUAACCACAAGUUACGCAAUCAUCACCAAAGCAAUUUCCAAGAAUGAACAGCAGCUUAAAAAAUGCUGGGAAGAGCAGGGGGGGCAAAAAGGGUUACAGUCCAGGUAACACAAAAAAUUCAAGUUAUAACGUACAACACUUAUUUUACAUUUAUUCAAAAAGAUAUAAGGGAGAGGAAAUAAUCCUUGCAUUCAGACUUGGGAGUGCCAUAUGUACACUUGUUAUUUAUAAAAAAAAAAAA